AUGCCGACCUUCGAUGCUGAAGCAUUCGCUUUCCUCUUCUCCAUCAAGGAGCCCGUGCUCAAAGAUGGGGCAACGCGUACAAGACUUCUCGACAUGAUGAACAAUCUUACGGCUCCCCAUCCUGCCGAGAUCAUGCAAUGGCUUCAAAUGGCAGAGUUUCGCGCCUUUGCCUUUGACAACCUGCUAGUUGAUUGUGUCGAGACCUGGGCUGGCUACAGAACCCAUGUCCAACCUUUGUGGAUUUUUCUCCUCCUGGGAAAGUUCAUCGCGACGAUGCUUGGUCAAGACAAGUUUGAAUGCACAAUCGGCGGAACACGCUAUCAGUGCCCUAGACCUGAAGAGAAGAUGGACCUGGAGCAUCGGUAUGACGAAUGGGCAUAUGAGUCGGAGGAGAUGUCGAUUGACAUGCCUUAUGAGUAUAGAGAUUCGUUAAUCUAG